CCUCGCUCUCUCGCUGCCCUUGCGGCCGAAACGAUCUUCCGAGCCCGAUGCUGGCACAGCCCAGAUGAUGCAGCUCCCAUGACAAGGCGCAGCUUGCAGGACAGCUGCGAGCCUUCUCGAGCGACCCUCCAGGGCCUAGCGCAAACUCCCGUCCGUCGUCGUGCUCCUUCUAGCACCCACCGGAGAGGUACCGCUGCGUGCAGCAUCGAAGCCGCAACCAGGCGCAGGUGCGCAACGAGAUCGUGCGCUGCUGCGCUUCUCGCAGACGCCCCCUUACCUCCACCGCACGUCGUCACCGCCGGCUGCAACCGGGCCCGAGUCACGCCGAGCAUCCAAGUGCCGCUCGUCGGUGCCGCCGAGCUCGCCGCUCAGUGCCGCACUGUCCGCCGGCUGCUGCGGCCUCUCGACCCUCUCGUCCCAACAAAUCACAGGCAGCAGGCCGGCAGAGGCCGGGAGUUCAGGGCGAAGCGAAGCCGGCACCCGGGUGCUGCCGCAAAAUCUGCACCUGCUUGUGGCGUACCUCGGCCAUGAGCCAAUUAAGGAUCGGUCUCGCGCGUCAAGUCGCCGCAGCGCCGUCAGGGGUCGGCACUGUCGGCCUCGGCGUGCGGCCUGGCUUGUGCCGGCACCGCCGGUCGCUGAGCAGACCACGCAGCGUGAUGAGGGCUCGCAGCGGCUCUGCGAAGCAAAGGGAGUCUGCUUGCUGAGGCACCCCUUGCCGAAGC